CCUUAGUUCCUGGGAGAGAGGAGACGCUGGGGCGGACCUGUACACUGCUCGAUCUCUGCUGGCCAUAAUCACACUGCUCAGCUUAAUUUUACGUCUGACGCUAGUUUAGGUUGCGCAAAUCCAAAUCUGGCCAUGUAAAUUUAGACCUAUGUCAAAAAGUGUUUGUACCGUGGUGUGUUAGAGGUUAGUGAACGGUGGUGGUAGCGGCGGCAACAGCUGCUUCACGCAGCCACUCACCUGCAUGUGUGGCCGCUCCCCUCAACACCAGCCCUCACUCAUGCUAGAUGCUCACAAGUAACUCUCAAAGGUGAAUGCAGGCAGGAGGUGGUGCAAGGAAUCUCACCCAGCAUUAAUGCUGCCUGGGAGCUAAUUUUGGCCUCAUUAAGCUGUGAGCCUAGAGUGCAGCUAACAUUCUUCGAAAGACUUCACUGUUCUGCAAGACAGUUUGCUCAGCUUCUACAUGUUACGAGUGUGAUACAGCUAUGGCUUGGUCAGGUAACACUACACCUUCUAAUGGUGCGUUCUCUCGGCUGCGGAAUAUGCAUGAUCCAGAUAUGAGCUCAUCUGAGGAGUGUCUCGUGUAUACUCCUGGGGGAAGCAGUGGAAGUAAGGGUGAUAAUUUUAUUCCAUCCUCCUCGAGCUCCUCCCCUGGAUUGCCUUCUAACCAUCAAGCCAACAUUGCUCACUCUGGAGCUGCAUCUUUGUCUUCUGGAAACAGUAUUGACUGUAGCACUACUGCUCCUCCACCUUCCCCUGCAUCUCCAACGUUACACACUAAUCAUGUUGGGACAUCCGCUGGUGUUGGGGUGCUACGGAGGUCUAGUGUUCUUUCAUCCCCUGUCCCUGCUCGCUCUGCUAUUCCUCCACACCUGCCGCCAGUGAUCCCACCCUCCUCUGUUCCACAUCCCUCCACUUUGCCUGUUGGUUUAGUGCCAGCUGGUCCUCCAUCAACUCCUCCAAGUGCUGCUGCUGCUCCAUCCCCUCCGCCACCACCACCGCCACCACCGCCCCCAUUAGUAUCAGCUCCUCCUCUGUCUCAGGUCUCUGUAAUCACUAGCUCUUCACCACAAUUGGCUUCAAUUGUUGCAACAAGUACUACUACCACCGUCAGCUCUCCAACUCGAGUGUCCAAUGUUCCCUCCAGUACUCCUAGUGGUAACAACUCUUCCUCCAUUAGUAUUGUUUCAACCACCACUACCACCACCUCUACCAGCACUAACACAUCUGCUGUCACAACUAGCAAUGGAGGACCUAUGUAUAACUGGCAAGCCACCAUGACAACUGUAAAAGAGAGAUUUGCAUUCUUGUUCAACAAUGAGAUACUCAGUGAUGUACAUUUCCUGGUUGGAAAAGGCGACUCAAGGCAGCGUAUACCAGCACACAAGUUUGUCUUGGCAGUUGGCAGUGCUGUGUUUGAUGCUAUGUUUAAUGGACAACUGAGCACUCGCCAGGAAGAAAUUGAAUUACCUGAUGUGGAGCCACAGGCAUUUCUUGCACUCUUGCGGUUCCUUUACAGUGAUGAGGUUCAGAUUGGUCCUGAAACAGUGAUGACUGUAUUGUACACAGCAAAAAAGUAUGCUGUUCCUGCCCUUGAGCAAGCUUGUGUGGAUUUUCUCAAACGCAACUUGUCUUCUGAUAAUGCAUUCAUGCUUUUAACUCAGGCUCGACUCUUUGAUGAACCACAACUAGCUGCUUUGUGUCUGGAGACAAUAGAUAAAAAUACAGCUGAUUCAUUAGCAGCAGAGGGCUUCACAGAUAUUGAUAGCAACACACUGUGCUUAGUGCUAGAACGAGACACACUACGAAUUCGAGAGGCUAAGCUUUUUGAAGCAACAGUCAGGUGGUCUGAAGCUGAAUGUGAACGUGAUGGUUUGUCUGUAACAAGCACCAAUCAGAGAACAGUUUUAGGGAGAGCAUUGUCAUUGGUAAGAUUCCCACUCAUGACUGUUGAAGAGUUUGCUCAAGGUCCUGCACAGUCAGGGAUUUUAACAGAUCGGGAAGUGGUUCAGCUGUUUCUCCAUUUUACUGUAAACCCUAAACCACCUGUAAAUUUCUUGGAUGUUCCUCGGUGUUGUAUGACUGGCAAAGAACAGACUGUGUGCCGAUUUCAGCAAAUAGAAUCUCGUUGGGGUUAUUCUGGCACUAGUGAUAGAAUUCGCUUUAUUGUGGAUCGUCGCAUCUUUGUUGUUGGUUUCGGAAUGUAUGGAUCCAUUCAUGGUCCUUCUGAAUAUGAAGUGACAAUCCAAAUCAUUCACACUGCCACAGGAAAGGUGUGUGCAAGCAACGACACAAGCUUUACAUCUGAUGGUACUGUGAAUACAUUUCGGGUUAUGUUCAAGGAACCUGUUGAGGUAUUGCCCAAUACUAACUACACUGCUUAUGCUACAUUAAAGGGCCCAGAUUCACACUAUGGGACCAAAGGAGUGCGUAAAGUAGCUGUGGAAUGCCCUUCUGGAGAUAGGGCAACUUUCCAGUUCACCUACGCUGCUGGCAACAAUAAUGGUACAUCUGUUGAAGAUGGACAAAUCCCAGAGAUCAUAUUUUAUACUUAAAUGCAUGGUCUAUCAUUUAUUAGGCAUAGAUCUCAUACUUCAAGUUGGUUCGUGUUUCCCAGGUAGUUAGUGGUUUAUAUGUGCAGUUUUUAUAGCAAAAAAAAAAAAAAAAAAAUUGGGCUAAAUAUAUUAACUGAAAAAGAAAAAUUUUAUAAGCUGCUCAGAUACUUAAAAUCACUAAUAAGGAACGUCGUGUAAGAGUAUGAUUUUUAUCAAUGCAGCCAGAUUGCACUAAUACAUUUGCUCAAACAUACAUUAUUUAUAUUUAUUUUAAGCUGUAAACAGUCUUUCUUUAUGAAAGAUGACUUUGGUGGCAUUUAUUUACUGUUCAUGUCAGAAUAAUGCAUUUAGAGUUUUUGGUAGAUUGAACUAAUAUAAAAGUUUUCAUAAAUGCAUAUUUUGUAAAGAUUAUGUCAAUCAGUACAGGAAUCAGAGGUGCUGUAAUUAUUCACUAUUAGAUUAGUUGACCAAGUUGGUAAACAGUUCUAUCAGUAUUAAUGAGUUUAUAUGAAUUUUAAGAAUACAAGUAUGGUAUUUAAAGUAUGGUACAAUAUUAAAAUUCUGUGUGUGUACAAACAGUGAAGUAAUUUCAAAAUUGUGCUCUAUAAUAUAAUGUACAGAUAUACUGUAAAUUAUUAAUAUGAUUUGAAGCUUAAGAAUUGCGCAAAGAAUUUCUGCAAAUAAUUUCCAUGGCAUGGUGAAUGUUGGACUGAUAUCACUGAGGUGUCAGUAAUGGGAUAUACAGUAUUACUAGGAAUGAUAUAUUUCAUUACAAAUUGGUAAUUUGUUUCUAAUACAGUAUUUAAAAAUGUGAAAUAAAUUAUAAGAAUUAAACAUUUGUCUUGGGACAGGGACACACAGGUCUGGACUAAGGAUAUAGCUGAACUGAACUUUGAGUAAACCAAAGAGAUUAUAUCAUCACCACCUAAUAUGAUAUGAUUAGGUGGAUAUAAUUGACCACCUAAUUAUAUCACCACAAACAAUGAAAUCUUGGUAAAGAAACGUAUAGCUAUUCAGCUUGUAUGAAAAGGUUAAACUAGUUGCUUAUAAGUCUGUUGUAAAUUUAUACAAUGGCACCUCGAUUAACGAGUUUAAUCUGUUCCGGCACCGAGCUCGUCAUGUGGAAAACUCGUCUUGCGAAACAACAACAAAACUGUCGUAAAAGGUGUCCGAGAACCAGCGGAAACACUCGUUAAUCGAGGAAAAGCUUGUUGGUAGAGACAAAUGUUCAGCGAGUGGCUUGCUCAUUACUCGAAAUGUUCGUAGAUAGAGCCGUUCGUUAAUCGAGGUGCCACUAUAUACCCGUGUUCCUCAAUGCAAUGGUUAUUUGAACUAAAUCUUCACAAAUAGUAAUAUUAGGGCUACAUAUAGAUGGAAGUUACCACUUUGCCUGGCCCAACACGCGAGGCCCAGCCUACCUCAAGGUCGGCCUGGUAUUUCCGAUGAGCGCUCACCCGCAUUAAAAUGUGUGUACUCUUUUCAGUUUUAUCAGCUCAAUUUUCAUGUUAUGUCGUUCAUUUUUGAAUCAAUUUGUUUGCAAUAGAAUGCUAUAACGGGAUAUAUGCAUAUAAGGGCAAAUGGAAAAACAUUACCAAUACCAUAAAAAUAAAGUACAUAGUCAUGUGAAAAGUACGGCUUUUCGUCAUUAUUUAUACUUGUUAUUCGUUCCCGACAUUAUUUGUUGCACUAUUUCAUUCAUUUUUGUCUUACUUCCUUCACAUAUGUGCUUGUACAACAAUAUCGUAUGUAUAAGAAAAUGAACAUGUCUGUACUUACCACCCAAUGAUGUUGGUAGAGCAUGAGUUGAGCAUUAGGUUGAACCACUCCUCCUGCUCCAGUUAAAUGUUUCCUGAAGUUUCUCAACCCAUGUUGUAUAGGUGGAGUGGAUGGUGGGUAAGCAUUACUGCUUAUCCACCCGGUAUCUCCUCUUUCGAUGGUACAAACUGGAGCAUGGUGCAGGACACAGUGCCACACCACACGACUUGCAUUUAUACCUGGUGGUACCAGACUUGUAGCAGACACGACACUUUAGAUCUUUCUCGAUGCGAACUAAGGAAUGGUUCAAAGUUCUGUUCAGACAUUCGGGUUUAUCCGCAAUACAAGGUCUUCUCCUAGCAGCAGCACCACUAGUUGUCUGAACCUCGUUCAGAUGAGUCAGAUGAUUCUUCAUUUCGAGGUGAAGAAGGAAAGAGUGACCGCCUCACACCUGAUGGCCCGGGGGGAUGCAAACAUUAUCGCCAGUAGAUCUGCUCUCAUCCUCAUGUACAUCACCAGCAUGUAUAAUGUCAUUUUGGAGAGGCCAAUUCUUAUACUCAAAGUUCAACAGUGACUAAACUGUUACUUCGUGAAACUGAAGCAAUGAGAGUUUCAUUGUACCAGUUGUGUAACUAUUCAAUCAUUCAUCCAUGAUUGUUGGCAUGAUCGUUGGGCUGGCAUUACAGAUACUAAACUGCAUGCUUUUUAAAAGUGAUCUUUCCCCUUGGUCUUCCUCCUACCACCAUAAUAGGCAAUGGCAAAUGGCUUUGACUAGGAUGCAUGUAGGUCUUGCUCACCUAACUCAUUGUCACUUAAUGGAACAACACCCUGAUUCCUUUUGUUCAGACUACAUUGUCCCACUUAGUUGUGCACCUCCUUAUCGAUUACCCUAAUUUGGGGGAUGUUUGUCUUGGUUUUGUAGUGUCCCUAUGAGUUGUUUAUCUCAUUAGACUCUGUGGCAAGUCUUAUACCUUGAUAUCAUUUGUUUUGUGUCCUGUUCUCAUAUUGGCAUCUUAAGUGUCAUUUGGCUUAUUUUGAAGAACUUGUGACACCGAUGGUGCUAUAUAGUCGUCCCAGUUUUGUGCCUUCUUUAAUAAUUACUUGUUUGUCCCUUGUUAGAAGCCUUAGUGAAUCUGAUACCUUUGAUAUCAUUCGCCAUAUGUCCAUUUUUCUUGAAUUGGCAUCUUGAGUGAUAUUUAGUGUCCCAGACGGUGCUACAUAAUCCUCCCGGCUUGGCACCUUUUGAUAAUUACUUACUUGCCACCUUGUGUUCAGUCCUCUUAUUUAUUCCAACUACUGUGCAAUGCUGAAUGUUCAUUUGAAAGUUACAUUAAGUCACUCUCCUUGGAUAUCGGCACAGUACAGCGGGACUCUUGAUUUUGUGGAUCUAUGGGUAGACUGGAUUGUUUCAACCCAGUUGACUAGGCUGUACUCUGGUACAGCAGCAGAAAGCAGAAUUAUUUUGAUCAACCAUGGGAAUCUGUUGAGGUGAGCAGCAUUGCUUCAAGAAUGUGAUGCUUGAUACAAUUAAAAAAGCUCAACAAAAUAUUUAUCAAUUAAGUCUUCCAAGUAAUUUUGGUAUCAAACUAUGAACAAAAUUGGUAAACUAAUUACAACAUGAUAAUUGUGGAAAAAAUGGGUUAAAAUAGCAAAGAUCGGAAUUGUUAUAGAAAAAAAUGGUGUAGGUUAAAAUCUCAAGUGUAAUUCCAUCUUUCAUCAUUAUUCCAUAUUUAAUUUUUAAUAAUUUUUAAAUAAAUUCUUCUUCUCAGAUAUUAAGGUUGUCUUGGUACUCAAAUGUGUUAAUUCAUAAACCAAAAUUCUUAAUAAUUAAAUAAUUGUUCAUAUUUUUUUAUUCUUCAUUGUUAACUCGAAAUCCCACAUAGACUUAAUUUAUGAAUGUAUGAAUGGAAAUGCUUUGGAAGAAUUGCAAUAAAGUGGUGUGGAAAUGUUACUUUACAUAAUGACUAUAAUGUUAAAAGUAUUUACCUUGUUUUAAGCUUAUUCCUAGUAACACAAGGCAAUGGGAAGGAUGGUACAUUUGCCAUAGGGAAUGUUCUGUUUCAGAUAUUAGGUAUUGCAUGUCAAACUACAUAGGUUUAAAUCUAGGAAUAAUUACACUAUUUUCCUAAUAUGAUUCAAGAUUGUAGAAAAAUAUACCAGAAAAAAAGUUAACAUAGUGUGUAAUAUUUUAAUUUAUUAGAAGUUUUCCAAAUUCCAGAGCAUUUUUAUUUAAAUUUUUUUAUUACUUUUCAUAUGCCAAUUAUCAUUUAUUAUUAUGGUCGACAGUGUUGAGUCGAGUCUCGUGGCCCUUGAAUCCUUAACGCCUUGUCCAGUUGUGAUCGAGUUCGGACACUGAUCUGUACAGUCGAGUUUUGCAGGGAUCCCAUUCAUAUUUGUUUUGUCUCUAGUAAUGUUGUAAAUGCUGCUGUUAAAGAAGUUGCUUAUUCAUGUCUUAUUUCUUAGAAAUGAGUUCCUUAUAAUUUAACCAUAAUGCAAUCCACAACAAUUAAGAAUUGAUGGUUUGCUAUUCCGAAUAACAAAUUACAUACUGUAAGGUGUAACCAUUUUUCGUAGCCUUCCUCCUGUUACUGAAACAGGAAAGAGAAAAAGUCUUCGGCUAGGUCACGUAUUGUCCUCACAUGAUGGAUGGAUGGAUGGAACUCAAUAUGACGGAACAGAGACCUGCACCUUAUUGUCAGAACUGCAUUGUUCCAUUCCAUUAAUGGACAUGCACCUCAUCAAAUGUUCCAAUUUUCAGGACAACUGAAAAUUUUGGUUUCCCCAUUUCCUUUGAGUCAUAAGUCUUUUGUUAAAAUUCAUGAUGAAUCCGAUUCUUUUGACAUUACUGUACCUGUCUUGUGUCUUUUGGCUCUCAUAUUGGCAUCUUGAAUGAUAUACUAUAUGUAGGAACUCUUGAAAUAUUCUGUAACAGAGUGCACUAUCAAGUAAAGAUGAUGAAUGAGUCAUAGAUGACUUUUUUGGGGAGGGGGAGGGUGUUUUAGAAUAUUUUCAUUAUAGAACUAAGGUAUAAUGACUGGAGGCAAUUACAUCUCAAAGAUUAUAAAAAAAAUUAAAUUAGUAUGGAGCUAAAGGUAAGGCUUUGUUCGAUGCUGAAGAAUAAAUGUACAUUGUCAGAGACUUUGGAAAAAUACUGCAUAUUGUAAAAAAAAUGAUGCGCUUGAAGAAAAGAAUUGGAUUAACAUUUCAACACUCUUAAAAUUAC